AUGAACUGCUGUUUUACUUUGGCUUGCUUGAAAUUUCGAACCUUUUCCUUCGCAUCUCUUUCUGGUUCCUUAAAAAUAUCUUUAUUGUUUCUUGGAGAUAUCCCUUCCCUACCACCGUCUGCCACUCUCUCUCUCUCUCUCUCUCUCUCUCUCUCUCUCUAUCCGUCACACUCACUCUCUCACACACACACUCUGUCUCUCUGUCUUAAAAGAUCAAUUUCUUUCUCCCUUUCCCUCUAUCUCUUUUGUUUUCUCUUUUUCUCCUUCUAUUUCUUUCUUUCCCUUUCCUUCCCUAUCUUUCACUUUAUCUCUUUGUCUUUCUUUCUUUCUCUCUUUUUUCUCUUUAUCUUUCUGUCUCCUUCUCUUUCUUUAUCUCUCUUUCUUUCUUUCUUCCUCUCUUUAGACCUCUCUUUCUCUACCUCACGCUUUCUCUCCCUCGUUCCAUCUCUCUAUUUCUCUCCCUAUCUCUCUCUUUCUUUCUCUUGCUCACGCUUUCUUCUUCUCUUUUAUCCCCCUCUCCCACUUUCUCUCUCUCUCUUUCUCUGUCUUUUUCUUUCCCUUCGAUUUCUUAUUCUUUCUCUUUCUCUCCUCACUCUCUUUUUCUCUAUCCGUCUCUUUCUUACACUCUACGUCUCUCACACUGUAGGUUUCUCCCUUUCUCUUCCUAUCUCUCACUUUCUCUCUCUCUUUCUCACACUCUCUUUUCUUCUCUCUUUAUUUCCCCUUCAAUCACUUUCUCUCCUUCUCUCCCUUUUUUUCUCGCUCUCUCUUUCCGGAAGUGAGUAA